UGAAGAUCUUCGGGCUACCGCGUUCAUCUUGUACCGCGAACGCAGUGUGGGAACGAUGGAGCUCACCAGGAAAUGGUGGAAGAGCCGUUGUCUCAGCCGUGGUGGCAGAGACGACGAGGAUAGGUUCUUUCUUCCCACGAUUGACGACUUCCAACCUUUGGACAGCCAAGAGCAGGAAGAGAUGGUUAGAUCUUUCGAGAGAGCGCACGAACAGGAUAACCAUCUAUGGAGGGGCGUGUUUGCUGUUUUCCUUCUUGGAUAUGUGGUGUUCUUGAUAUAUUCGAUCUUCCAACAAGCUUGGAAUCCAUGGGAACUUCGUUAUCAUGCAUACUUUAUGGAGGAUGUUCCUAGCUGGAUGCUCAUUUCUGCAGAUUUGGUUGCUAUCCUAGCUUGCUUAUUGGCAGUGAAAGGAAUGCUCGAUGGUUCAAUAUUUCAUCAGAGGUUGAUAUGGCAUUCAUUUUAUGUAGGGCUGGUGCUUGCUGUAUUUUGGUCUUAUUACAUGCUUAGAUUGCCGAGGUUCCGCUGGGAUGUACUUUGGCUUCCCUUUGGACCUUUAAGUGCGGCUACUAUAUGCCUCUAUGUUGACAACAUACUGAGGUCUUCCAGGGAAGAGAUAAGAACUCUUCAAGACUAUAUGUACGAGUAUAAAAGAAGGUGAACAUACUUUCAAAUAGCAUCAGCUGUAAUGCCAUGUCCUCUAAACUUAUAUUUGUGACUUUUAAAGACUCUCAAUGCAUAAAUGUUUCAUAUAUUUUUUUUAAUUAUCCGUUGACAGCCCAUGAAAUGUGAGCUUGGGACAUAAAAGCGUAUAUUUGAUUCAUCUUAUAAGCAAGUUCUGUUAAUGAA